CAACCUGUAAUCGCCAGUCACGUGCACCUCUCUACCAUGAGCCUCGUAGCAUUGGCAGACCCGCCAGCCGUCUACGUGGAUGGCGCAGCGAUGGACUGUCUCGUCAUCGAGGCAGUCAGCGCACUCCGGGCAUCCUCUGCGGUAGCAGCAGCCCGCGCAACCAAGAUCGAGCUCGAAAUGGCACAGGCUGGGUUCGUGCCUCCGCCCCCCGUCGCAAAGCCUCAGCACAGCAGCAAAGACAGCGUCGGCAGCAACACUGCACGUCCGCAUUCGUAUGUCGACGAGGAGGACGAGGGAGUCCGGUCCAGACUAGAAGCUAUCGGAUUGCACGUAGGCGCCAACUAUGCAGAAAAAUUGUGUCGAGACAGACCCCUCUUCUCUGACUCGCUCGACGCGAUCAAGUUCAUCUGCAAGGAACUGUGGGUCUCGUGCUGGGACAAACAGGUCGACAAUCUACGAACAAAUCACCGCGGUGUGUUUGUGCUUCAAGACAACACGUUCAAACCGCUCACUCGUAUAUCAUCUUGGGAGGGUCGUGCCGAAACUCUCAAACGAGCCAAGUUGGCUGCUGCCUUCCCAGCAGGCAUCAUCCGCGGUGCCCUCUCGCGCAUGGGGCUGCAUGGAACCGUCACCCCGGAAAUUACUGCACCUCCACAUUGUACCUUUCAAAUCAAGUUACCCAAGAAUACAUAGGUACAGUCCCGCAUCGCGUCCAUUGUAUCACAUUCGUUACAGCUGCUUGCGAAAAUAAUGGCAGCGCGACUUUCUUCCGUGUGAAUCACUGAGGUUAUCUCUUACAUACACAGUACAGUCGUUGGGCAGGUGGACGUGCGGAUGUCGGACGCACGGUAGUAGAGAUCGCGUUGCUCGUGGGGUAGUACGUACUACGGAUGUCGGACAGUAGUACAGGUUGCGCAUACACCACUGAAUUACAUAAUGCCACUGACACCCACUAGGCGUGUCCACAGCAUGU